AUGGUGGCAGCGAGCGUCGACGUCUCCGAGCUGAAGAAGCGGAUCUUCGAGAUUCAGGCCCAGAAGGACACGGUCGAGGCGGAAAUGGACGCCUGCCUGGCGCGCCUGAACGCUCCAGGGCAGCCCGGCGAGACCGAGCCCCUCGUGGACCGCGAGGGCUUCCCACGCGACGACGUCGACAUCCCCCAGAUCCGAACCGACCGAAAGCGUGUCAUCGAGCUCCGCAACGACCACAAGGGGAUCAUGAAACAGCUUGGCGAACUGCUGACCCAGCUCCACGCCGCCGUGAAGCACGAGGUCCCGCGUCCGUCCGCAGCGGACGCAGCGCAGACCGGCGCCGCGCCGCCGGACGCGCCGGCCGCCCCCGCGACGGCGCCUUUCGCCGUCAUCGACCAGGUGGCCGCGGACAGCCCGGCGCAAGCUGCGGGGGUGCAGCUCGGUGACAGAGUCGUGGCUGUCGGCGACAUCCGCGGACCGCCGGCCGAGGCGUUCGAGCGCGUGGCGGCGUGGCUGCCGACUGCGGAGGGCGUGAAGGUUGCCUUGGUGGUGGAGCGGGAAGGUCGGCUGGUGACGCUCGCGCUCGUGCCGCGGCGGUGGGGCGGCAGGGGGCUCCUGGGCUGCCACAUGAAGCCGCUUUGA